UGUUAAUCUUAAUUAUUGCUCAUUUGCUCGACGCUCAACUUUACUACUCGAGUAGUGAGUAGUACUCACUGAGUACCCGCCUAACCGCCCGGAGGUACGUCGAGGUUCAAGCCGUUCAAGGGUCUGUUAGCAAAAACAAAAUAUAAAAAUGCCGAAUACCCGUUACACACACGCUGUGGUAAAUCGUUUGCCACGAUCGUUGAGAGACCGACAGCCGACAUUGGACUACGAUCGAGCCAAACGGCAACACGAAAACUACGUUAAAGCCCUGCGAGAUGUUGGUCUUGAUGUGAUCGAAAUGCCAGCAGACGAGGAUACACCGUGGUGUGUUUUUGUUGACGACACGGCAUUCGUGUGUAACGGCACGGCRAUCAUCACAAAGCCCGCAGAGCCCGAGAGAGCAAAAGAAGUUGAAGCAGUAAGAGCGGUGUUGAAGAAAGAAAUUGGAUUGCCUAUUGUUGAGAUAUCUGAUAAAUCUGCAAAAUUACAUGGAAGCGAUAUAUUAUUUACAGGUCGAGAAUUCUUUAUUGGAAUAACAAAAUGGACUAAUGAAUCAGGAGCAUGUGCAGUUGCUUCUGCUUUUCCUGAAUAUCCUUGUACUCCAAUUAAGGUUACAGAAAAUAAACAUCUAAAAACAAUUGUGUCAAUGGCGGGACCAGAUCUUAUAUGUGUGGGCUCWAGUGAUUCUUCAAAAAAUGUUUUGAAGAGAUUAGAAAGAGAAGCUACUUAUAGCUACCAAGUUCUUACAUUACCUGAAGAUGAAGCUGCUAAUGUUAUGUAUAUUAAUGGUACAUUAUUACAUCGGUCAGCCAAAGAAAUACCAUUAUCAUUCAGUGUUCUAAUGGAGAAAAUUACUGAUUUUACUCUUCAAGCAAUAGAUAUUUCUGAACUUCUAAAAUGUGAAGGAGCUAACUUAAAUUCAUGUUGCCUUUUAGUCAGACGUACAAAACAUAUUCGAAGCUUAUAAUUUGCUAUUAAGUUAUACAAUUCAUUCCACUAUAUCAGUAUUAUAAAUUUAUAAAUAACACUUCUCAUGACCAACAUAUUUAUAUAUACACACAUAAUCACAUAAA